CUGGACCAAAGAUGCUCGGCGCCCUGGUGCGUGCGGCCCUUUCCCCGCUGCUCACCGGUUGGAGGCCCCGGGCCUUGCUGCGACCCGCCGAGGCCUGUGUCCGGGCCUGUGUGCCCCGCGGCCUGCGCCCCGUCCCCGCCGCCGGCUGCUGCUGCUGGCGCUGCGGAGCCGCCCCCGAGCCCCCCGGCUUCUUCUGCUCGUCCUGCCGGGCCCUGCAACCCCCGGACCGGCGGCUCGAUUACUUCCAACUGCUGGGGUUGCCGCGCCGAUUCCCCCUGGACCCCGGGCGGCUGCGGGAGGCGCACCGGCGGCUGCAGCGGGCCCUGCACCCGGACAACUUCGGCCGCAGCUCGGAGGUGGAGCGCGGCUACUCGGAGCUACAGUCGGCGCUGCUGAACGAGGCGUUCGCCGCGUUGCUGCGGCCCCUGUCCCGCGGCCUCUACCUGCUGGAGCUGGAGCUGCCGGAUGAGCCGCCGGCCGCCGGGGAGGCCGAGGCCGAGGCAGACCCCGCCUUGCUGGGCGCGGUGCUGGAGCUGAACGAGCGCUUGGCCGAGGCCGAGAACCAGGCCGACGUUCGCCGUGUGGCCGCCUCGGUGGAAGCGCGGCUGCGGGAGCUGGAGGAGAAGGUGGUCCUGGCCUUCGAGCAGGGUCGCCCCCGGGACGCUCGGCCGCUGCUGCGCCAGAUGAAGUACUGGAACAGCAUCGGCGACCGGGUGAAGGAGCAGCUGCUGCCCCGCUGAAGCAAGGCCAGACCAGGCCAAGCCAAGCCGGCGCCUGGGGAUGAAGCAGAUUGCAUUGGAACAUGGGUAUCCAUGGAUUGAUGUCCUACAUUGGAGAAAAUCAUAAUUUUUUUAAUAAUCUAAAAUUGCAAAAUACAA